UGAAAUUGUAAAGAAUCGUGGAUUGAUGGUAUGCAUAACCAUAGGAUCAGCUCAAUCUCAAAUGUUGGAACUUUCAGAAAAAUGGCAAACAGAGGCCACGCCCUAUGACUAUGACAACCCUGGAGCCGGAGGGGGCGGAGGGGGUGAUCUUUAGACGCAGUUGUGGGUAAUGCCCUAGCCUUGGCUCUAGUUCCAGUUCCAGUUCCAGCUCCAGCUCCACCUCAUCAGGUUGUGGAUGGAGGAGCUAUCAUCCCAGUAGUUGGUGAUGGGGAUGGUGGAGGUGGACCAGGGGCUGAAGGAGGAGUUUUGCCCAGAGAUCCAGUACUCUCGGUCUAUGGGAGUAUGUUGGGAUGGCAGAACCCAUUCAACUUUAAUUCUCGAUUUCAGUUCUCCCUGAAUCUUGACAUAGUCCAUGGUGUGCACGAGGUGGAGCAUUUCAUCAGGGGAGCAUACACCUCUCUUUUUCUUAAUGCUGGUUUUUUGGUUCCGGACCGUUUUAUUUGCACCUAUUGGCUCGAUUUUGGAGAAGGUGGAGGUCAGGUGAUGGCAUCCGAGCAGGCCAUGGCUCUCACAUGGCAGCAGUUCUACGAGAGCGCUGAUUGCGUGCUGGCCUUACCGCAUAUGGAUGGGAAGUCUGUCAAUCUUUCUAGGGUGUUGGAGGGAGGCAUAUGGGCUAACAGAGGGACUGUGAAUAUUAGAGCAUAUGGAAAUGUGCUUGACAUGGAGGCCGAUAUGGUCGCUCUUGUUUAUCCGGGUUUCGCGGAAUUCCCUGCACACACAUUCCAGUAUUGGGUUGACGGGAUAUGCAUGACCACACAACAGAUUUUAGGUUUGCAGUGGAAUGUCAUAGAUAGGUAUUUGACAGCAGUUGAUUGUUGGGAUUUUUCGGCCCGUCAGGCUGCAGUUAUGGGUGCUGUUGCUGCAGAAAUGCCUCAGGAUGAGAUUGGCAACGACAUGAUGGGGAUACCACCGGAAUUGGUUAACGAGUGACCGCCGCUAUCUAGCUAUAUGGAUGCUUUAGCUUUUAUGUUGUUUUUAUCUUCUUGAGAAUAUAUGGAUGCUUUAGCUUUGUUGUACAGCUUCCUUAUGGAGCUUCAGAGCAUGUCAAAUAUUUUUUGUUUUUACCUUUCACCAUUAUACAGAGUAGAACAGUUGUCAUGUUCACUUGUAACACCGCCACACGUGGCGUCACAAUUUCAUUCAAAUUGUAAUACAAUGUAUUUGGCUCUGCCUCCAAACUGGCUCCUCAGCCUCAUGUGUUCCCUUCCUUCCAACCACAAAGCUGAGCGUAAGAGUGGUGAUCUUGAUGAGCUAUAAUCUGUUCCUCUCGUGCCCCCCUCCGCAACCUUCGUCUUCAACCUCCACUCUUCCCCUUGUCUCACUUCCCAACAUUCCAUUUUUCCUUCACUUCCAAGCAACCCAUUUGCUCCCUUCUUUCUUCUGGGUCCAUCAAACUCAAGAAUUUUAGGAUCUUAGACCAUGUGCAAUGGUGUGUGUGUCUCAAAACCUAACCGAGAAACAGCUUUUAUCCUCCGAUGAUUUUGGCUUCAAAUUUUAGGCCUGCACGAUUAAAGAAUAUUUGUAGUCUAUUUUUCUUUAGGUAACUUUCUUAAAUGUAAAUUAUUAUUUUUGAAAGCUAUUCGUUGAAUGUUC